AUGCAGUGGACAGAAGCUCCGAUCAACUGUUUCUUUCUUGGAAAAAGGGUGAUCGAAAAAGCUUCCACAUGUCAUCUCCUCGUUCACUAUUUUAUUUACGAAAAUCAACUACGCGGCCACGGAAGAUGCCACGCCUUGCGAGGACGCAUUCUAUCAGUCUUGCCCGCACUAAUCGCUAAGGUCUUGCAUCUUGCGUCGAGCACGCCCGGAGCUGAGUGCGCCCCUUCAUUACGAACGGAUUACGAAUACAGGAAGAAGCCAAGAAAAGAAGCGAAGCAGACCAUAAGAAUCAAGAACAAAAGCUUCUUUCCGCACAAAUGUCGGUUGAGAUCAAAAGCGAGCUUUCGAGCUUUUGUGCAGUUAUUGGCAUACGUUGCGAUUGGCACCCUUUCUAUUUGAAGAUUUUUUGAGGCCUCAUGUCGAAUGACUCCUGCUUGGUGAUAUUCAUGUCGAACUCAUUAGGAUGUGUUCCAAACAUGAUGCUGAAAGCAGGCGGUCGUGCGUGAUUUCCAAACUGCUUUGAGUGCCAUGGUUCGUCAUUAGAGAAUCAUGAUGUUAGUGUCAAAGUGUCUUGCUAUAGAAGAAAGGAAGGUCGGUUGGAUUGUUCACUGGAAAAGCUUGAUAAUUCAUGAUAUGCAAAUAUAUGUCGCCUUAUGGCAACCCAAAUGAUUGAUUUUACAUAGCCAGCAAGCCUCGAGUGACCAUGAUGGAGGAGAGAAGCUACGCAUAGCAUUACAAGAAGCGUUGAUGUAGUAAAAGAUUCUGGAAGGCGAAAAAGCCCACAGCCUUCUGGAGAUACUUCUUGGGAAAAAUUAUUCCGUUUUACGAUUAAUGUGAUGGGGACACUGUGGCGCAACAGGCUUCGCCAAGCAGCAACGGGUCGUCACGGGUCGGCGUAGGUAUCGUUCUUCAGAAAUGUUCCCAUAGGUACCACGUCAUCCCAAAACAGUCGAAAGGCAGCGAGCUGACGUGGUAUCGUCCUUUCCCCACAGUAUAGCGGGCGGAGCUUUGCCGACGUUUGCCAAC